AUGCUGUCAACUUCCAAGUGGAAUCCCAUCAACACAACCAGCAACAUGUUGCAUGAUUCUUCUCGAAUAACCAUCGAUCAAAAUGAUUACUAUGGUCGCUUGACAACACGUCUUCCUACACCACCUGUUCUAUAUCCCGGUCAUGUCACCGAUCUUGGUUCUUCCUCAGGCACUCCAUCACCCAAGGAAACCUUGAAGGAUUACUUUGAGCCUUAUACAAGCGACAUUCAUUCGCCACACUGUAGUAGGGAUGCAUCCGUGUCUAAAUUUUGGCGAGACGACCCUCUCUUUACCAACAACGACUUUGAACACCUGGUUGGCAAUGUACUGGAUGACGAGGAUAAGCUGGCAUUCUCUUCGUCGCCAACAUUACACCGCACCAUUUCCACGCUCCUGUCAAUUACUGCAACCUCGUUGGCGACCAUGUCUCCUGACCAUGUUGGACAUCACUUGCAGAAUGCCAUUGGGGUGAUUCACCAGCUUGUCGACUCGUUGAAAGCAACACAAACCGAUUUGGACAAGAAAUGCCAUCAAGUGUGGAGUCUACAAUCAUGUCUGUCAGCCAAAGAACUCGAGGUGCGCAACAUUAAGCAGCAAUUAGCGGUUGCCAAUAGACUCUACGAUACACAAACUAUCAAGCUUCAACAAAUGACUGAAAAGAAAACGAUCAUUUCGGAGCAGUUGCCUAAAACCAACACUCGUCGACGUCCUUCCGAGAAACCAAGCCAAUCUCGUCAACAGCAAGGUAUUCUUAAUGCUGAAUAUCGCCGUCAUCUUGACAAGAAUGCCCAAGUCGAUUGGGAGGCCAUGGUGGACAAGAUUAUCCAGCGUGGUGACCAACAAGCAUCCCUGUUUCUGCAACAAAAAUUAAAGUGCGUCACUGAGGAGCAAAAGCAAGCUAUUUUUGAAGCAAUCUUGCCUCAAGCGUAUCCCCUCAUGACCAGCCGAUUUGGAAAUUUCCUAGUGCAGCGUCUCCUUGAAGUGGGCACCAUUGAUCAAGUAACUGCGUUGAUCGCAACUAUGCAAGGACGAGUCGUAGCACUGACAUGCCAACAAUUUGGUUGCCAUGUGCUUCAAAAGGCAUUUGAUUGCUGUUCCGAUGAACAGAUGAAAGCCGAUAUGGUAUGCGAGCUCUUCGAGAACAUCCAAGAUACAAUCACACACAAGCACGCUUGUCACAUUUGGCAAAAGGUCUUUGAGAUGCAAUGGACUAUUCCCAAUCCACCCGCCGUUAUGGAGCAUGUUAAUAAGGCUAUCCAAGGACGAUGGACUCAAGUUGCAUUGGACGAGACUGGCAGUUUGGUGAUCCAGCACAUCUUUGAGAACCUUAAAGAAGAUGCCGGCAAACGACCCGUUAUCGAAGAAGUGCUCACAAACGUUGUCACUAUUGCCAAAGGCCAGUGGGGCAAUUGGGUUAUUCAACAUGUACUUGAGCAAGCACAAGAUAGCCGUGAUCGGGAGCGUGCUUUUGAAGCGGUACUUGAACAUGCAGCAACUUUGAGCAUGGAUCAAUUUGCAUCCAAGGUGGUGGAAAAGGCUUUACGUGCUGGUGGUCCAGUUUUCCUUGGACGCUUUAUGGAUAAGGUGCUAACAAGUGGUCAACGUCGACGAGAACCAUUGAUCGACAUGGCGUCUGACCAAUAUGGCAAUUAUGUGGUACAAUGGCUGAUCAACCAUACGGAGACCAAUGACCAAGUCAAAAUGUGUCGUCUGAUCAAGCGGCAUAUGGUUUCGUUACGAGGAUCGAAAUAUGGACAACGCGUCGCAUUCCUUGUUGAAAAAGUGCUUCGAUCGCAUGAAAUUACUACUUAUCCCGCUCAACAUUGA